AUGGUGAUCUCCGUCGUGGAUGUGGCGAUCUCUGCGGCUGUAGACGGCACCGUGUUGGUGGACCUGGACCUGGCUACUGGUCAGGAGGGGCUCAAGAUGCUGGAGGAGGCUUUUCAGAGGCAGCUGGCGGAGGCCGCAUCGCCUUUACGAUCCUCCAGCUUCGGCCAGAGCUAUCUUCAGUCGGUGGAGAUAUCGAGCUUGUCCGAGGAGGGCUCCAGACAGGUGUGGCCUCUACCCAGCAACGACGGCGAUGGCGACGUUCUAGCAAGUCUUCUGGACUACCGGGAAUGGGAAGACUGGCUCUCGUCACAAAGCUUCGUCGUCCAGGUGGCGAUCCUGGGAGGUGCUUCGGUCGUGAUUGUCUUGUGCUGCUUGGCCAUUUGCAAGAAGGUUUGCUGCUUCAAGAAGAACGAGCCCGAGAGGGCUGCACUGACAGGGUCGAGAGACGCAGCAGCGAUGCCCACACUGCCGGCCUCAUGGGCGACGCCGUCACCGACGUCGAUCGGAAACGGCAUGCUAGCGGCCAGCCUGGAUCAAGCGAUGGAGCAGAUGUUGGCCAUGGGCUUUUCCUUCGAAGCGUCUAAGGUUGCCCUGGAGGCGAAUCGCUGGGACGUCAGCCGGGCCUCGGCAGCUAUCCUCGAAAACCCUCAACCUCACUUGGACGUGCAGGUGGAGAGCGCAACGGACAGUGAGAUCUCGGUGCAAAUGCCGCCCUCGCCCAACCGGAGGUGA